AUGCCUCGCGAACUUGUAUUUGAUCAAGGCGUCUUGAAGCUGUCAAGUUUCGAUCCACUCUCAAACCGUGUCGAGACUCGUAUAUUGAAGCUUCCUGAUGUCCCUGCACUCGAAUCGCUCGAACAGCUCUUUAUCAAUACAACAUCCACUCCCUAUACCACACAACCCAACAAUACGCGUACUACCGAAGUUCCUUUGUUACGUUCAACUCGUUCAUUGAAUACAAAGAAACCAUUAUCACCUAACCGAGCUCCACGUCGCUGCUACUCAAAUCCCGCUCUUUCGAAAAAGAAGGAUGUCAUGGGUUCAUCAGCUGAGACGUGGAAAAUGCCUCGCCGAUCUCCAUCCAAACGCAACUUGCUGAAUGCGCUAAGCGGCCUUAUCCAAAAAGCAAAGCGACCUGCUUCGAUUCGUCGACGAGUUAGCAGUCGUCGCUCUAGUGCCAAUAGCAGUAUUCAAGGAACUUGGCAUACACAAACAUGGUUGAUCGAGAUGCGAGCAUCAACAGAUAGUUUGGUGGAGCCAACAACAAAGGGAUCACGAUGCUGUCCAAGCGAGAAUUGGUGGGCUACAUCACCACCAUUGAACACAACCACCCAUGUUCUGUAG